AUGUCUGCAGAAAAGCGCCCUGCCUCAGACGAUCCCAGCUCCUCUCAGUUGGUGAAGAGGCAAAAUGUCGGAAACUCAACGGCGCGAUCCGGCGGCUAUGGUGAAAGCAGCGCGCUGAUCCAGGCGGCGCCACGCCUGAGCUCGCUGCAGGCGCCUCUGAUGGAGCUCUCUGGACACUCGGGGGAGAUAUUCUGUGCCAAGUUUAACCCUACCGGACAAUAUAUUGCUUCAGGGUCUAUGGAUAGGAGUAUUUUACUAUGGCGUGCAAAUGGCGACUGCGAAAACUACGGCAUACUGAGCGGCCACCGCGGCGCAAUCCUCGAUCUGCAGUGGUCACGCGACUCGGACAUAAUCUUCUCGGCAUCCGCAGACAUGCAUCUUGCGAGCUGGGAUCUCACCACAGGCGAACGAAUUCGACGAUACGUAGGGCACGAGGAGGUCAUCAACAGUUUAGACAUCAGCAAGCGUGGCGAGGAGAUCCUUUUCAGCGGCAGCGACGACGGCACGAUCGGCAUCUGGGAUCCGCGCAAGAAGCACGCCGCCGACUACAUCGAAACCGACUUUCCUGUUACGGCAGUGGCAAUCUCGGAGGCAGGCAACGAGAUCUACUCGGGCGGCAUCGACAACGACAUCAAGGUGUGGGACGUACGGAAGAAGGCGGUUGUUUACAACAUGGCGGGGCACAGGGACACCAUAACCACGCUCAAGGUGUCGCCCGACUCUCAGAGCCUGCUUUCCUAUGCUAUGGACUCGACGGCACGGACGUGGGAUAUUCGGCCGUUUGCGCCGACGGAGAGACACAUCAGGACAUUCGAUGGAGCUCCGAUGGGAAUCGAGAAAAAUCUGGUCAGGGGCGGAUGGGACAAGGAGGGCAAGAGAGUAGCCAUGGGCGCAGCUGAUGGCACGGUUGUGAUAUGGAGCAACGAGACGGGCAAGUUGACAUACAAGCUGCCAGGCCACAAGGCUGCUGUCAACUGCGUAGAGUUCAGCCCGGGAACGGAGCCAUUGAUUCUUUCUGGAUCUUCGGAUAAAACAUUGCUUGUUGGUGAGCUGCGAUGA